AUGCCCUCGGGAUUCUUCCAGGCUCUCCGUUAUAGCACCAAUGUGGGUGAGGAACCGUAUCAAAAGCAACAAAAGCAACCACAAAACAACAAAGGCGCCUCCAUGGUUUGUCCACGCAUCCGAGAAAAGCAGUUGACAUCUGUUGUGACUGAAGGCGGCUGCGGUUCGGAAAUAACAGCACAGCUGCAAUUGCAACUUUUCCGCAUCUACGCCAACGUCAGCCGGCAGCGGGAGUGGUUUGUCUUCCAUGAAGCCAACGCCCGGGCGCUCGCAGCCGAAGCAGAAAAACUCCGCAGACGUUUUUUUCCUCUUGAGCCCAGCUUCUUGGAGGGGUUAGGCAUUAAUGCGUUUGGUUAUACCACCCAGCAAUUGCCAUUACUGGGUGGAACUGGUGCCAUGCAUGAGGAAAUUACACCCUGCGCCACUACUGCUCAGUUUCCAGUUAGACAGAAGGAAAAUGAGGAGAGAGGGGGUGAACAAAAAUGGGCGGGUGAAUACCGAAAGCAGGACGCUGGCGCCAACAGCUCUUCUCACAAGCCACUCAACAUGGUAGCGGCCAAUCAUGAUACAAAUGCAUUUGGAUUAACCUCUGGAUGGAGUGGGGGGGAGGGGGACAUGUUUGACAGUUGGAAAAGUGGGGAACCUCUGUGUCACCUCGCGCCCGACUAUUUGCUGCGGUUAACCGCCAGUUGGAUACACGAGCGGUUUAGCCCGGUUCCUACGAAUCCGCAUGUAUGUGAAAAAAGUUCCCAUGCUUCAGCCGCUGGAACUGUUGUUGAGUCCCUUGUUAGCUUGUUACUUCCCAUACUUCGUUCCCUUCAUAACCUUGUCGGAGCGGCACGCUGGCGGACUAACUCAACUGGGGAUCACCGCGCUGCAGAUUCAAGUGCAGUGGUUGAUGUUCUCCCCGCACUUGCUAAGCAUCUUUUCUACCUUCUGCAUGAGGUUAUUUCCUGCAUGUCGUUGAGGGCCGUGCCGCCAAAUGCGCUAAACGAUGAAGAGCGAGCGGAGGGUGAACACAUCCUUUUCUAUCUCCUGCAGGAGUGGGACUUACUUUUGCUUUUAUUGUGCAGUGAUGAAAGGUUCCCUCUCGGAGAUAAUGGGUUGUUUCCCCCUCAGCAUAGUGGCCAUGGACCAGUCGCAGCAUCAGUCUCUGCCGCUGUGCCUCAAUCCAUCGUCAUUGAAGCCUUUUCACUUUUGUCUACUCAUUACCUACAAAUAACAGAGAGGAGGUGA